AGAGAGAGAGAAGAUAUAGAUGAGUCCAAAGGGGUUUGGCAGAGAAACUGAUAGAGAACUUUCAAAGCUCUUUUUCUUCCACCAUCACUCAACUAGCCUCUAUAUUGCUGUCUCAAACUGAAAGUCUUAUAAUUUUCUAAAAGCUUUAGUUAUCCGUCUUCCCAUCUGCGAGAGAGAGAUAUAUAUAUAUAUAUAUACUUCUUCGCCUCACAUUCACAUUUUCAUUUCUGUCUUUCUCUGUCGGUACCAUGCGACCUGACGAAGGAAACCCACUAGACCUCAACAACUUGCCUGAGGAUCAUUUCGGCAGGGAUGGCAAACAAGUUGCCGACGACAGCUCCUCCGUUGCAGGCACCUACAGAAAAAAGAAAAGCAGUACAAAAGAUGGAAAAGACGAGAGCGGGAAGGUCUACGAGUGUAGGUUUUGCUCCCUCAAGUUCUGCAAAUCUCAGGCCCUCGGGGGACACAUGAACCGCCACCGUCAAGAAAGGGAGACAGAACAACUAAACCGGGCUCGUCAGUUGGUUUUCAAUAACGAUAACCUGGCCACCCCUCCUCCUCACCUAGGAUGCUGCCAUCCGAUUCCCCAAGGAGGGUAUCAUCAUCCGGCUGCUGCAGGCAACAACAAUGGUGGUGUUGAUCCAACUUUACCUCUCAGAUUCCCACCAAGAAUUUUUUCUGGUUCUUCAUCAAACACCCUUAUACCGCCACCACCGGUACCGGCACCGCAGGGAGGCGUACAAGUACAACCUCCUCAACCCUACUUAUAUCCGUCUCCGUCGCGGCCCAUGUCCUUCCCUGCUUCUUCCCAUUACCCUCAUCAUCAAGUCAAUGACUAUUACGUUGGACAUGUUCUUAGCAACAACACUACUGGCACUCCUUCAUACGGCAACCCAAAUGUAAACUACGGAGUGGCACCGGCGGAGUCCACCAACUACACUUGCAUUGGGGCGCCUGUGGGACCAGGAGGCGGUGGAGGUAGUGGUGGUGGUGGUGGUCGUAGAGACGGAUCGCUGCACGUGAAUCAGGAAGAAGGAUUGAAUUGGAGCAGGAGCUACGCAGGGACUCCUUCGAUCAAUCGAUUUCAACAUGGCUUCUAAUAUUAAUUAAAAUACUUCUUUUUUUCUCUUCUUUUUUUGGGUUUUUGUUUUUUUGUUGAGUGAGCGAUAGUCUGAAGCAUUAUUAUUAGGGUCUCUGCCUUGACACGCCACCCAGAACGGACAGAGAGAAAGAGAGAGACUUUACAAGCUGACAAAUGGGGUCAUGAGACAGAGGAAGGAGAUGAGUGAGAGGUUUUUUGGUAUUUUUCUACAGGGGGGGGACUGGGACAGCUUUUGAGCUCAUCGACACCCUCAGCAACUUUGGCUUCGAGUGGAAAUUAAGAAAAUGUUGUUGUAACUUGUUGAAGGAUUUCAACAUUGAAAAUCUGAGUGUGUAUACUCCACACCAAAAGUCUGAAAAGGGGAACUAGAAAAAUGGAUUGUGGGACAACAAGUUAGAUUUGAACUGAAAGUUGCCAACCCCCUUUUAA